CCCGGAGCGCGGCGCGCGGGCGCCGGCAGCGGGCCAUGGAGGUUCCCCCCGAGGGUGGAGGGCCCUCGCGGGAGGAGGAGGCCGAGCCGCAGGGCACCGCCUGGAGCGGGGACAGCGGUAACGUGUCCCAGAGCCACAGCAGCGCCUCGGGGCCGUGGGAGGACGAGGGCCCGGAGGACGGCGCUCCCGGCCGCGACCUGCCGCUCCUGCGCCGCGCCGCCGCGGGCUACGCUGCCUGCCUGCUGCCCGGGGCCGGGACGCGGCCCGAGGUGGAGGCCCUGGACGCCAGCCUCGAGGACCUGCUCACCAGAGUGGACGAGUUCGUGGGCAUGCUGGACAUGAUCCGCGGAGACUCAUCCCACGUGGUCAGCGAGGGCGUGCCUCGCAUCUACGCGAAGGCUACGGAGAUGCGGCGCAUCUACAGCAAGAUCGACAAGCUCGAGGCCUUCGUGCGGAUGAUCGGCAGCAGCGUGGCCAGGAUGGAGGAGCAGGUCACCAGGGCCGAAGCCGAGCUGGGGGCCUUCCCCCGGGCCUUCCAGAAGCUCCUGCAUACCAUCAGUGUGCCCUCCUUCUUCACCAAGCCGGCCCCUGCGAGGCCGCCGCGCGCCGCCUACGAGCCGCCUGUCCUGUUCCGCACUGAAGACCACUUCCCCUGCUGCCCCGACAGACCCCAGCUCUGAGUCCCGCGGCCCCUGCGCAGGAGGACCCCAAGCGAGACACUUAUCCCGAGUAUUAAGUUAAUUAAAGGGCCUACUCAUAGGCGUUUAGGAUGUGGAGCAUGGAGUUUUGAAGUUUAUUUUCUGCAAACAAAUUCUCAGUAUAUUCAUUAUUCCACGUAGAAGUGCAGUUUUCCUGUGUCUUCCAGUUCUCAUCUAGCUGCUUGGUGGGGGAUGGGGAAGCAAAAUGAAUGAACUUAAUCUGUGCACUGUGGCAAAACUGUUAUUUUUACGGAUUUUACUACUCAACUAACAGUAUUAUCUUUUCAAGAUUUAUAUAUUUAUAUGAUCAUAAGAAAAACUACUGAGCCAGUAAAGCUUUGUUAUUAAUUAAUCCUAA